AUGCUCUCGUCUAUCCUGGCCGCGCUCACACCUCGACCGGAUGAGGGGAUCCAGCAGCGGCCCCCGCGGUAUGCCGGCGAAGACACCUCCCCGACCAGCCACCGGGAAAUCCUCGGCUGGUAUGCCUACGGCAUCGCGGCGGAGGUCUUCGCCGUGUGUGGUGUCGGAUCCUUUCUACCUUUGACGCUGGAACAGCUUGCCCGCGAGCAUGGCACCCUCCAAAGCAGCCACCUGCCCUGUUGGGGACCCCAGGCACCGGACAAUAAGGGAGACGAGCAAUGUAUGGUUGGGGUCUUGGGGGUCCAGAUCACCACUGCCAGCUUUGCGAUGUAUACAUUCUCGCUGGCGGUGCUUAUCCAGGCGCUGACGUUGAUUUCGUUCAGCGCCCUGGCCGACUACGAGCGAAACCGCAAAACGUUGCUACUGUUCUUCGGAUUCGUCGGGUCGGCCACGAGCAUGCUGUUCGUCUUGAUCGUCCCCUCCGUCUUCAUCCUCGGUUCGGUUCUUGUGGUGGUGGGAGUGACCUGUCUCGGCUCGUCCUUCGUCGUGCUCAACUCUUUCUUGCCGGUUCUGGUCGCCAAUGAUCCCUCCAUCCAGAAUCCCCAUGAAGCCUGCGAUCAAGAACUAUCGAACAUGGACCAGAGUGAAGCAACAGAGGCGUGGAAUACAUGGGAUGGCGAGGAUAGCAUGGAUGGCAUGCACGCCGAUGGCCAACCACCGGGAUCUCCAGAAGAUGAACUCAAGUCGCAGGGCACACAGCCCUCGUCGCCGGAGCUUCAGCUGUCCACCAAGAUUUCAUCCAAGGGGGUUGGUCUGGGUUACUGUGCCGCAGUCUUUGUGCAGAUCUUGAGUAUCAUCAUGCUCAUCACCCUCAACAAAACCUCCCUCGCCAAGGUAUCCGGCACCUUUCCCCUGCGAUUCGUGUUGCUUUUGGUCGGGAUUUGGUGGUGCGCCUUUACAUUUGUCACUCGUCACUGGCUGCGCGACCGUCCCGGACCUCCUCUUGAUGCUAGCUCGGCCUCGGGAGCUGCUCGCUGGCGUGUAUGGAUGCGGCUGGUGGGCUUUGCUUGGAAGUCACUCUGGCAAACCGUCAGGAUCGCGAUCAGGCUGCGUGAAGUGCUGAUCUUCCUGGUCGCUUGGUUCCUCCUCUCCGAUGCCAUGGCCACCGUCUCCGGCACGGCGAUUCUGUUUGCGCGCACGGAGCUGAAGAUGAGCACGACCGCGAUCGGCUGCCUGUCCAUCACCGUCACCCUUUCGGGCAUGGCCGGUGCUUUUCUCUGGCCACAUGUCUCUCGUCGGUUCCGGUUACAGUCCAACCACACCAUCAUCGUCUGCAUUGCCCUGUUUGAGAUCAUCCCACUCUACGGCAUGCUGGCCUACAUCCCAUUCGUCAAGAAAUGGGGGGUGAUCGGGCUGCGACAGCCAUGGGAGAUCUUCCCGCUAGGAAUCAUCCAUGGGGUUGUCUCUGGAGGCCUGGCAUCCUACUGUCGCUCCUUCUUCGGGCUGUUGAUCCCUCCCGGCAGCGAGGCCGCCUUCUAUGCCCUCUAUGCUGCCACAGACAAGGGGAGCUCGUUCAUUGGACCCGCCGUGGUCGGCGUGCUCAUUGACGCAACCGGGCAGGUGCGAUCAGGUUUCUUCUUCAUUGCGGUGUUGAUUGUGUUGCCUAUCCCCCUUGUCUGGAUGGUGAAUGCCGAGAAGGGUCGCCGUGAGGGCCUGGCCAUGGCGGAUUCGCUUGCCAAAUCGCACGGCGGGGCGGACGACGCGCAGGAGGCUGAGGGGCUGUUGGCCCGCGAGGCUUCCACCUUUCCAUCUUAG